CCCCGACCACUCUGUGCAGAGCGCCAUGACGAGGAGCGGCGCUCGCCGUCGGCGCGCCCCCCCAAAUCUGGGCACAAGUCCGGGGAGGAGAGCCUCCACCCCGCCAACCUCCUCUUCUCCCCCUCGCCAGCGGCCGCCUCCGCGGAGGUGGUCGGGAUGACCAUCACCACCGGGCACCGGCCUCCUCUGCGGCCGCACAAGUCCGGGGAGGAGAGCCCACACCCCACCAAUCACCGGAGGAGUGAAGCAGGGCGAGGGCGCUCCCCUCUUAUCUCCCCCGCCGGCGUUCGCCUCCACGGAGGUGGUCGGGAUGACCAUCGCCACCGGGCGCCGGCCUCCUCCGCGGCCGCCGACGCGCAGCACAAGGGAUUUCAGGCAAGCGCCGUCUCUCUUUUUUUGGGGGUGGAAGCGCCGUUUUUUCUGUUGGGUUGGGAACAAGCGCCGAUUUUACUGGGCCACCGGAAACCGUUUUUUUUCUUGGGGAUUUGGUUACCGAUUCGGCCCAAGUGGACAGGCCCAGUUAACGUUUCCGUCUACUUUGGUUCUGUGCUCUAUAUAAACUGAAUAUUUUUCCUCCCCGCUCUGUUUCUUCUACCUUCGUUCUCGUCCUUCCAGAAGAAAUAGUUUGUUUCGUUCGUCUCCUUCGGUCCUCCCCCCCUCCAAUUCCAAUGCAGUCCCCUGCUCCGGCGAGCUCGAGCUUGCCGUAUUCCCCCAUGCUGUCUUUCCCUGAGAGCAUGGUGGGGAAGACUCUCCAGUUGCUCCUUCCGUACCACGACGCCACCAUCAGGGGCAUCGAGCGCAGCAAGGACGACAAGCUCACCCGUGUGAAGAUCGAGGCUCUGCCCGGGGUUGCGUUUUCUGCUGGAGAACUGCGACUGGAGAGCACAGAAGGGCUAAAGUUCGUAGGCGCUCUGCACAUGGACGACAUCUCAGGGCACGAGUGCACGCUCACAGUCCAUGACGACCAAGUGCACUAUUGUCGCUCUUGCACAGAAGUGAGAGUCCCAGCUUUCCACACAUUCUCAGAGACCUUGGUAGGAUGGACAGUCUGCUUCUCUGGGUCAGAUCCCUACUCCAUUGAGGUUGAUGUCCGACAUGUAGAGAGGCGGGAUUCUGUUACCACUGUAUAUCUUCGGACGGGUGUCAUCUCUCUUCCUGCCUGCACCGGUGACACGGUUAUACUGAGGUCCACAGAUACCUUGGACAAAUGGCAGGGAGACAUCGGAUAUUGGCCAAACCCUAGCUUUAUGGCUGAGAAGAAAGAAAAGGACGGAAGUAAAACUGACCAAAGUUUCUAUGGACAACUGUUUGAGAGAGAUGUCUUGAUUUAUGUGCGAGAUGAGCAAGUGUGCAUAGGCAGUAAACUGUCACUGCGGCUACCAAAUAAGAAGAUAUUGAUUAAGCCAGCACCAAAUGGUCCUGCUAACAUUAACAUCUCUCAUGGCAAGUCUUCCCAGCGAAAUCGCAGGUCAUCUAAACAGAAAGAAUGUGAAGCUGAGCAAAAAAUAGAAGUUGCAAUAAAUGGUUAUGGAAAGAUUGGGAGGGCGCUCGCUAGAGCCGCUUUGCAGAGUGACGGUGUUGCCCUUGUGCUGUCAAUGAUCUAUCUGGAGGAGAUGAAAUUAGUUGUAUGUUUAGGGAUAUAUGGGACUUUGAAGUGAAAAACUGUACCUCUGAUAUUUUUAAGGGGGUCGCUUCGUACAAGGAAAGCGAUCCUGAUUCAGUCCCUUGGUACAUGACCGGCCCCCAGUUUAUUGUGGAGACUAGUUCCGAUUGUAGCCAGGAUGCUGACCAUUACAAGAACUGUGCGUCUUCGUAUAGCGGCUGUUCGGAUCUCAAGCUCUUUGAACCUCUUGAAACAAUAGUUGGCCGCUCUUUGAACCUCUUUCACGUCCAGAUGAGUGAAAAGCCACGGCGGACCUAAGGCUUCAGCGUGGAAACGAGUUCUCCUGUGUACAUUGAUGGUGAUUGGAUAGUGUAUAGACAUUCGAUAGCCCAUAACCUCGACACUCGAAGCCCAUAGCCUCCAGUACAUACAUGUAUUGAUAGCCCAUAGCCUCCUGUGUACAUUACCAGUAAAUGAGCUCUCACACUUGACAUUCGGUUCAGUUGGUCCUUGGAUAAAUGAUCGAUUCUUCUGAAUUUUCUCCUUUCUCAAGCUAG